ACCCUAAUUUCAUCACAUCAAAAAACCUUAAACCCCACUAACAUUGUCUGUCGUAGCAGCCAUUGUUGGAGCUAACGAGCUACCUCAUCAUUCUUCGAUAGCCGAACAAUGAGACCCCCAAGAGGAGGUGGCCGCGGCGGCGGUUUCAGAGGUGGACGGGACGGCGGUGGUCGUUUCGGUGGCGGAGGUCGUGGUGGAGGUCGUUUCGGUGGCGGCGGAGGUCGUUUUGGUGGCGGAGGUCGUGGGUUCCGUGAUGAAGGGCCACCCUCCGAAGUCGUAGAGGUCUCGACGUUUAUGCAUGCGUGUGAGGGAGAUGCUGUGACGAAGCUUACAAAUGAGAAAAUUCCCUAUUUCAAUGCUCCUAUAUAUCUGCAGAACAUGACUCAGAUUGGGAAAGUUGAUGAAAUAUUUGGCCCCAUCAAUGAAUCUUACUUCUCAGUUAAAAUGAUGGAAGGGAUUGUUGCUACUUCUUAUUCAGCGGGUGACAAGUUUUAUAUUGACCCGAGCAAGCUCUUGCCUCUUGCAAGAUUUCUUCCACAACCAAAGGGAUCAGCAAGCGCCGGUAGAGGCGGAGGACGUGGUGGAGGCAGAGGUGGCCGUGGAGGUGGUGGAUUUCGUGGAAGGGGUGGCCCAAGGGGUGGGAGAGGUGGUCCUCCUAGAGGUGGUGGACGGGGUGGUGGUUUCAGAGGAAGAGGGAGAUUUUAGGGUAAUUUUAUGUGUUUUUCAUAGUGCUUCUAUCGUUUUGCUUUUGAGAUCAAGCAUUUGGAUAUUUGAUGCUGAAUGGGCUUAUUUUUUCUUAAGAAUUGAAUGGUUCCAUUGCAUGGUGCUUGAUUGUAUUGUUAUCACUAUGGCAAUGUAGAUUGAGCUAUUUUGGUUUCCAUGAUUCCAUCUAAAUUAGUGCUGUUAUUAGUAUUACAUUGAUCUUGAUGUUCUCUGCGUUGUAUCUUAUGUGAAUCUGUAACUCUUGCAAUGCUUAAAAAACCAGUGGUUGUAUCUUA